UUCCGCAUCUGCUUACUCAGGAGCCCAGAAGAACAAGCAUAGAUCACCGUGGUGGAUUGCGGCUUGGCGACCGUGAGGCAAGUAAGGGUAGAAAGCGCCAAUGGAUUUGGUUGUGGUCUUGGUACUCUGUCUCUCCUGUUUGCUCCUGCUUUCUCUCUGGAAACAGACUUCUGAGAGAGGGAGGCUCCCACCUGGCCCCAGGCCUCUACCAAUAUUUGGAAAUAUUCUACAAUUAGAUGUGAAGGACAUCAGCAAAUCCUUAAGCAAUCUCUCCAGAGCUUAUGGCCCUGUGUUCACUCUGUAUUUUGGCAUGAAGCCCACUGUGGUGUUACAUGGAUAUGAAGCAGUAAAGGAAGCUCUGAUUGAUAUGGGAGAGGACUUUGCUGGAAGAGGCUAUUCCCCACUGGUUGAAAGGCUUAAUAAAGGAGAUGUUGGAAUCGUUUUCAGCAAUGGAAAUAUAUGGAAGAAGAUUCGCCGCUUCUGCCUCAUGACCCUGCGGAAUUUUGGGAUGGGGAAGAGGAGCAUUGAGGACCGAGUUCAGGAGGAAGCCCGCUGCCUCGUGGAGGAGUUGAGAAAAACCAAUGCUUCAGCCUGUGAUCCCACUUUUAUUCUGGCUUGUGCUCCCUGCAAUAUUAUCUGCUCAGUUAUUUUCCAGAAUCGUUUUGAUUAUAAAGAUCCAGUUUUUUUAAACAUAAUGGAAAUACUUAAUGAAAACAUCAAGAUUUUGAGCUCUCCAUGGAUACAGAUCUGCAAUAUGUUCCCUGUUUUCCUUGACCUUUUUCCAGGGAGUCAUAACAAAUUAUUUAAAAAUAUUGCAUAUAUAAAAAGUUAUAUUUUGGAGAAAACAAUGGAACACAAAGCAUCUCUAGAUGUUAGUAAUCCUCGGGACUUUAUUGAUUGUUUCCUUAUCAAAAUGGAACAGGAAGAGCAUAUUCAAGAAGAGAAAUUAACUUUAGGGACUUUGGCAAUUACUGUACUUGAUCUCUUUGGAGCGGGGACAGAGACCACAAGCACCACCCUGAGAUACGCCCUCCUCCUGCUGCUGAAGCACCCGGAGGUCACAGCUAAGGCCCAGGAGGAGAUUGAACGUGUGAUUGGCAGACACCGGAGCCCCUGCAUGCAGGACAAGAGCCACAUGCCCUACAUGGACGCCUUGGUGCACGAGGUCCAGAGAUACAUUGACCUCCUCCCCGUGAACCUGCCCCAUGCAGUGACCCGUGACAUCAGAUUCAGAAACUAUCUAAUCCCCAAGGGCACGACCAUAUUGACAUCACUAACUUCUGUGCUACAUGAUAGCAAAGAAUUCUCCAACCCAGAGGUGUUUGACCCUGGCCACUUCCUGGACGAGAAUGGCAACUUUAAGAAGAGUGACUACUUCAUGGCAUUUUCAGCAGGAAAACGGGCAUGUGCAGGAGAGGGCCUGGCCCGCAUGGAGCUGUUUUUAUUCCUCACCACCAUCUUACAGAAGUUUACCUUGAAGUCUGUGGUUGACCCCAAGGACAUUGACACCACCCCAGUGGUCAAUGGAUUUGUUUCUGUGCCUCCUCCUUACCAGCUCUGCUUCAUUCCUUUGUGAGGAAGGACAAAUCAUCAGGUUCUGCUGUGAGGUCCACAACUCACAGGAGGUCCACAACUCUUUACUUGUUGCCCCCUUCAUCUUUUCCUCCUUCCCUUCCUGGGAAUGUCAUCUCCAAUCUCUCCUCUUCUCGUCACUCCAUUCUGUCAGGAUCCAGGCAGGAACAUCCCAUCUCCACUAAACGAGGAUUUCCAGAGUCACUGCACAAAUAUAUAUAGCUGUUCUCCUUCCUAUAACACUUCAUUGGCGUCUCAUAUUAAUACUUAUCUAGUAUUGAGUAGCUAGUUCAGUGUCAUCGAUGUGACAGUGAGGUGAUUAGCGUAUAUAACACAGAUGUUUCUCCUCUGCAUGUUUUCAAUAAAACUCACAAUCUGAUG